AUGGACUUUGUUCAGGAUUUCUUCAUCCCUGAGGAUAGCACUGCAAUCUUGCACUUAGCGGUGGAGCAUGGAGUAUUUGAACUUGUAGAAGAGUGUCUAAAAGCUUUUACAGCAUUGGUGGAUAAGCAAAAUGGUCCAGUUCCAGCUAAGGUUUUGCCUCUAGCAUUGGUGGAUAAGCAAAAUGCCUCGUAUGAUGUACCAAGAAUUCCACAAAUUUACUCCGUAGGACCAAUACUAAACCAUGUUCAACAGGCGUAUUAUGAUGGAGAAUCAGAUAUUAUCAAAUGGUUGGAUGAUCAGCUUCAGAACUCAGUGGUACAUGUGUGCUUUGGCUGCCAGGGGAGCUUAAAAGAAGACCAAGUGAAAGAGCUAGUAAAUGGGCUUGAGCGCAAUGUUUACAGAUUCUUGUGGUCUCUGUGUCGCCCCUCAUCAAAAAACAACACUGCUGGAUUUCUCAGGGAGUAUGUAGACUACCAGGAAGUCUUGCCGCAGGGGUUUUGGGAUCGAAGAGCAAACAUUGGAAGAAUAGUAGGAUGGAUAGCUCAAUUGGCUGUACCAUCACAAGCAGCAGUGGGAGGAUUUGUGUCACACUGUGGAUGGAAUUCAGUGCUGGAGGAUUUGGGCAUGGCUAUGCCGAUUACAGUUGGUUAUAAAGAAGGGACUGAAAAUCAGCCUCUCGUUAUCGCAGAGGAGAUAGAAAGAGGAAUCGGGAGACUGAUGGAGAGUGAUUGUGAAUUUAGGAUGAAGGUGAAAGAAAUGAGAGACAAGAGUAGAAUGAGCAUCGCUGAAGGAGGUUCAUCAUACAAGUCUUUGGAAAGCCUUGCUAAUCACAGAUUGCUACUCGCAUGUUGA